CUAAAUAACUGACUUGUGAAGAAUGGCUCAAGCAACGUCUUUUGCAACAGAUAAUUUUGACUCUUUUUAUAAAGAGGUCAAGAAAAUUGAGGAAAUAGAUUCGGUGUUGACAUCUAAAGCUCAAAUUGACAGACUACUUCGACCUGGUUCCACUUAUUUUAAUUUGAACCCAUUUGCAGUCUUAGAUAUUGAUCCUCAAAUUUCAGUGGAAGAAAUUAAAAAAAAAUUUAGAAAACUAUCAAUGUUGCUACAUCCUGACAAAAACAGAGAUGAUCUAGAAAGGGCUCAAAAAGCAUUUGAUGCAUUGACUAAAGCUUGGAAAUUGCUAGAAGAUGAAAAAAAUAGAAAGAAUUGCUAUGAAGUUGUGGAGCAGGCUAAAUUGAAAGUAUUAGAUUUUAUUGAAGACAAAAAGAAACAAUUGGCUAGGGAAGGCAAACCCAUAAUAGUCGAAGAAACCCAACCUGACAAAUUUAAGCACGCCCUCUAUAUUCAUACAACCAAAAUCUUUGCUGACUUAGAAAGGAAAAGGCAACAGUUAGAGACUAGGGACAUGGAAGAAAGAAAAAGGCAAAGGGAACUGGAAUUAUCUGAAGAAGAAAAGAAACAAUUUGAUAUAGAAUGGAAUAAGAAUUUUGAGGAUACACGUGAGAUUAGAAUAGACUCAUGGCUGAAAUUUAAAAGGAAAUUAGGCGAUCACUUGGAUGACGAAUCUAAUCCGAAUACUUCGUCGUCAAGCGCCUCUGCCAAGAAAAUCAACUCACCAAAAAGUACAACUUCCAACGAUAACAUCAUGAUGGGUAAUUGUUAUACCGUAUUCGCCAAUAGCGGUAUAAACAACGAAAAAAAGAAGAAAAAAGUUAUUAAAACUUUUAAACCCCCCAAACACAAAGCUGAACAAAGAAAUUAAACCAUAAUGUAUAAUAUUAUAAAACAUAAAUUUUGCAAAUUUCAUACAAUUGUAAUUUAUAUAUCUAUAAUG